AUGCCGGGCUCGUUGAAAGGGCUCACCAAAGCGAUCAAUACCUCCCUAUCAAGCUCCGCCCCCGCCCUCCCACUACCAGACGAUGUUGUCGAGAUUAUAAAUGCAUACCUCGAAAAGCCUGCCGGCCACGAUGAAGCCGAAUCACAGCGUCUACAGGAGGACCUCCUUAAUAUUUAUCAGACAUGUGUCGUUGAUAGCCCCCAUCGUCUAGCACCGUUCGUCGCAAUCGUACGGAUGUUGAAACCUGCUAUUCGUGGAGGCGGUAGACUGCUACAAUGGUGGGACAAACUCUCAGUGCCAGUUCUGAGCAGGCUGGGAGAAGAGAAGGGGUUAGCUGUGGAGGCGCGGGAGGCACUCCUGGGGACAUUAAUAUAUGACGAGGAUGAAUCGGACAACGAGGAUGCGAAGAUGACGAGCAAAGUUAUGGGCGAGAGAUUACUAUUCAUCUGGCUCGCGAAAUCUCGGGCGGCAUCCGAAGCGGUCGAUUCGGAUGCUCGUUUUGUGGAGGGACAAAUUCGAUUGAUAUUGGUGGCGUACGGAAAGAAACGUCCAAAGUAUCUCUUGACAUUGAUCAACAAAUUCUUUGUGGACAAAGAGAACAGGAUACUAGCACUAUCGCUUCUCUGCGAGUUCGUCCGACAUGGGCCUCCGCAUUUGCAUCAAAUCCUCGAAACACCUCUCUUUGAUAACCUACUUCGCUGUCUCCAGAUAGAUACCUCGACGAGAGUUAUUUCGCUGUCCUUGACAGCUUUGAUUAUGUGCUUGCCUCACAUUCCGACUGCGGUAGCCAAAUACCUGCCAGCAUUAUUCAAUAUAUAUAGCCGAAUGCUCUUCUGGGAUCGAGAGCGGCGGAGACCAGAUGCUCCAUUGGGUAGUGAUGACGAUGAACUCAGUGAAAACGCACCUACACUUGCCUCACAGGCCUCCGAAAAGGAGAAGCCAUGGGAUAAACUCUCAUACCUUCUGGAAUCUGAUGACGAAACGGUCCCGGAACUGCUACAUUAUUUUACAUUCUUAUACGGACUCUACCCUAUCAAUUUCAUGAGCUAUAUUCGAAAACCCCAGAAAUACCUCCGACAUGCAAAAUUUUCUGGCGCUGAUGAACUUGAUGUCGAGCCCACAGAGAUCAGGCAACGUUCCGACCCCUUUAGGCAGGCCCACCUUCUUCAUCCUAACUUUUUCACCACAACGCUUGAAACCGAGCUUACGGACAACAACCGUUGGAUGAACAGUGAAGCAGCAGAUGUAGUCGCUGCGUGUAUGGCAUUAUACAGCCCAGUAGAGGGUGGCUCAACACUAGGAAGGGGUGCUCUGAGAAACAUUGAGCCAAAUUCAGAUGUCCCUGAACAGCCUUUACUAGACGAGGAUCCAUCGACUUCAUAUCCAUCCGGAGCUAACAGCUGGAGAAACACCCAGUCAACGGCAGUUGGGUUAUCAGAUGAGUUUCGCACCUCCAGUCUACCCAGGAAGCUUUCGCAUCAAUCCAUGCCGUCGGUCACCGACUCUCCAAGCAUCCAAGCCUCUGAUCGCGUUGAUAGUCCAACUAUCCCAGUCCAACAAAUGCCUCCAUCACCUUCCCAAAGCCAAAUUCAAGAUAUGCUCCGCUCGCAAAAGCCCACUCGUGGCAGCCUAUACCAAACUCUUACCAACGACUCGGUUACCUCGCUCACCCCAUCUCAGAACAUCAAUUCCAGUUCCGGCCAUGUAGAUGCCUACCUAUCGUCGCUAUCGAGAGAAAUAUUACCACGAUCAUCAUCUCCCCACACGUCGGACGGAAAGAUCGCGUACCUACAGCGCGAAAUACAGCUGCUUUCUAAUGAUCUUAACUUCGAACGAUAUCUCAAACAACAGCAUCUAUCACAUAUAGGUCAAUUGCGUAGGGGCCAAGUACAUCAGUCGAGAUUAGAGGCAGAGACCCAGAAUCUGAUCAACUCAAAUCGUGGCCUCAAAUCAAAACUGGAGGAAGCCAAACGGCUGAAUCUACAAAUGAAAAAGGAGACCGAGAAAAGCAAAACACAUGCCAGAAAAUGGGAAAGCGACCUCAGUGCCAAAUUAAGGGUCUUGAGGGAGGAGCAGAAGAAGUGGAAUGUUCAACGAGAUGAGCUAAAUAUAGAUUUAGCGGAGGCGAAACAGAAUAUUGAGCUGCUCAAAAAGAUCGUGAUUAGUAGCGAAGCAAAUGAACUGGCAGCGAAGCAAAAAGUCCAGUCUGUGGAGUCGAGCCGUGAGGAACUGACCCAAUUGCGUGGCGAGGUGGAUAAGCUUACGCUAUUGAUCAGCACAUAUGAGGCGGGAGAAACCGAAGCAGUACGCGCGAAGGAAAAUGAGGAAGCAGCCCUUAAGCGUGUCGAGAUCCUCGAGAUGGAGCUCCGUGCUCGCGACAAAGCGCUAGCCAAUGCUAAAGAAGCAUUCGAGGCAGAAACUCGUGCUUUGCAGGCGAAAGAUAACGACUCGGAAGAUAACAAGAGAAAGCGCAUCAGCCAGGACAUGAUAGACGGCGCAUUGGCAGCAAGUCGACGCCGGAUUGUCGAGCUCUCAAAAUCGCAUAAUCGUCUACUAAAUAGAUUCAACGCACUUGAAUCUGCGUACUUACAACUUAAGGAGAUUCAAGACCACGAUCGACAUGCCCGAGGACAUGAACCACUUGGUUCAUUUAUAGAUGGGCCGAAUUUUGUUGCCGGUAGUCCCAGUCCGAGUUCGAUGAAAGGUUAUAGUGCAGGGAGGGCUUUUAAUACCGAGACCGAUACGUCCGAGAGCUCGUCAUCAGCGUUCCCUGUCAGGUCCGCAAGACUAGACUCGUCAUAUAACUCAUCUAACCCCUCAACGCCCAUUGGGCGAAGCCCAACCCUCAGCAGCACAAAUUUCUCAACACAGCAGUUUCAGUCUCCUCGCCCAUUCAGCCCGUCAGGACCAGCCGGAAUGAGAGAAAGGAAACCCAGUCUCGAUGGCGAUGCCCAGAGUGGAAUACAAAAUGCUAGCAAAAAGGACAAGGACAAGAAGGAUAAGGAUAAAAGCAAAGAUACCGCAAAGGACGGUUCCGAUGCCAAGAAGGAGAAGAAGAGCGGUGGCAUAAGAGGCAUAAGGGCAUUUGUAUGA